GGGAGGCUUGUUGUUAUAAAAUAGGGAGGUGCGGGCUGCCGGUUGUUAAUUAGUGAAUCUGGUGUGAUUGUCUAUCCCAGGGGGAAGCCACAGGUACGAAGCAGAGUCCGUCCCCUCGACAAUGAACAGUCUCGUUCGGUUGUCCGGCAGGUGUCUGCGGCGGCUGGCCCCGGUCCCAGCCCUGCCCCGGCGCCUGUGCACCCAGGCGGGGAACGUGGAGCUGGGCGAGCUGGUGAAGAAGGACAAGGUGGUGGUGUUCAUGAAGGGCACCCCGGCGCAGCCCAUGUGCGGCUUUAGCAAUGCGGUGGUCCAGAUUCUGCGGAUGCACGGCGUGGACGAGUAUGCCUCUUACAACGUGUUGGAGGACCAAGACCUGAGACAAGGAGUCAAAAGCUUCUCGAACUGGCCCACGAUCCCCCAGGUGUUCUUCAACGGCGAGUUUGUGGGCGGCUGUGACAUCCUGCUCCAGAUGCACCAGAAUGGGGACCUUGUGGAAGAGCUUCAGAAACUGGGGAUCCGAUCAGCUCUACUAGAUUCAGAGAAAGAUGAAAAUAAAAAGUAGCUCUAGA